AUGGCAGACUGUAAUGUUGAUGUAAUUUUAAAGAAUAUAUUUGACAGUAAGGAUUCAAAUAACUGGACCCCUUCUGAUAAGAUUCCAUUAGUAAUUAAAGAAAUAGAAGAGAUAAAAAAUGACAUUAACUCUUUUCUUAGUAACAGUGAUUAUGAUAUUGCAACAAUAUUGAAAGAGGGGAGUGAAAUUUAUGCAGACAGUAAGGCUCUAGUAGAGGAAAUGGAAUUGUGUAGGCAAGAAAUUGAACAGGAAACAAUGGCUGAAAUAUUGAAAUCUAUAGAGAAGCAUGACCAACUAGUUAAAGAAUUACAAAGUGUUAACUUUGCUAUAGACAUAGUUUAUGAUGUGACACAAUGUGGCAAAUAUGUGAAAGAGUUUGAUGAGGGCCGGGAGGCACAGAGUUUCACACGAGCCAUAGAGGCUGUCUAUGACUUAGUGCAGUAUGUAGAAAUGCCUGUAGAAGGAUUUAAAUACUUAGAAUUAUAUACCAACACCAAAAACACAGCUCAAUUAAUAUUGAACAACUUGCUGCAUGAUUUGUAUGCUGAAUGGGACAGAUUAGUAAAUUAUAUAGUUAGGACGGGCCCAAGAAAGACUAUAAUCACUAUAACAUUAAAUUUGGAAGAUACCAUAAUUGUUAAUGAUGUAUUAAAUGCGUUAGAUAGAAGCAAGAAGUUGACAGAAAAGGUUUCGGAAUUUGCACAGUUCUUGUUAAAGGAUGUGAUAACACCUAUAAUUAAUAAUGAUUGCACAGUAUAUGCUGAAACGGAAGUGUUGAUGACAGUAACAGUGAACCAUAAACAGAAUUUCAAACCACCAUAUGAUGCAGUUAUUGCAAACCUUCGGUUGUUAUUCCAUUACCUUAGCAACAAAUUGAAUGUGGAGUUCAAUGGAGUAAAUACUAUAAUGAAAAUGGUGGGCCAAGAGAUAUGUCAUGCAUUCAGAGAUGUUCUAGUUAAGGAUUGCCUAAUAGAUACAAUACCUAACAAUAUUAAUGAAUUGCAAAGUUAUGGUAGAAUAACUUCAGAGAUUCAGGAUUUUCAGCUGUUCCUCACACUGGUGAAGUUCUUUCCUGAUGAGAAACUAUCUAUUCUUAAUUAUAUCAAUGAUAUUGAUGUUCUAUUUGCUAGUAAAUCUUGCCAAUACUUCUUAGAAACUGCUCGCGCUAUAAUGUUUAAAGAUUUAAGCAUUUCAAUGUCUAUUGGUGUUGAAAAUAUACCAGAAGCAAAUGUAGAGCCAAAAGCAACUUUCGAUGCUCAUGUUGAGGGUGCUUUAAAAAUCCUUGAUGAAACUAUUCCAAGGAGUUUAUUCUAUUUUCCAAGAUGCAUGAUAUCAAAGACUACUCAGGAGUUGUUAGAUUUAGUGUAUAUGAUGAUGGAGCAAGCGGUCCAGUGCUCAGACGUAGUUAGCAAAAAGCUCUACAACACAACAAGACUGGUUUUCGAAUUAUAUGAUGCUGUAGUUCCGUACCACCAUGAAAAUUAUUUGCAAACAAUUCCACAGUAUGUAGCUCUAUUCCACAACAAUUGCAUGUAUUUAGCACAUAAUUUGCAAACAUUUGGGGACAAGUGGCUGAUCUUGAUGGAAGGCCGUGAGCUAGAUUACCCCAUUAGCUUUGUGGAUCUAGUCCAGAAGCUUAGAGAUCUUGGUUACAAGCACCUUACCUUACAUAUGCAACAGCAGCGGAAACAGAUUUUGGAUAAUAUUCGUUCCUCAGAUUUAAACUGCAUUGUUGUGAAGGAUGUACUUAGUGACAACGCAGAGGCAGCUGUAAGGCAGUGUUUGAGACAACUGCAGUUGUUGAAAAAUGUCUGGAUCGGUGUGUUUCCUGGCAACGUUUUUACACGGCUUAUGGCAACAUUAGUAAAUAUGUUUUUCGACGAGCUUAUUCACCGCGUGUGUACCGUUGAAGAUAUUUCCAUGGAGAUGGCAACACAGCUUACUGAAAUUUACACACUCGUAGUACAGAAAGCACCUCAACUAUUUCAGGAUUCUUCAGAUAUUGAUAACCAUGUGAAGUCAUGGAUGAAAUUGCAAGAAUUAAUAUUUGUCCUUGGUGGAUCCCUCAAAGACAUAGAGAAACAUUGGAUGGAUGGAGUAGGACCCCUUGCUGUACACUUCAGGACUGAAGAGCUGAGAAGUCUUAUAAAAGCACUAUUUCAGAAUACCCAGUUUCGAGCUAACUUACUGUCAAAAAUUAAGUAAUUCCAGUAUCACUUACAAUUUAACUCAGUCACUAUUCUUAUUAUAAUUAUUAUAAUAAUGGUGUUCAAUGUUUUUUGAGUAUUAUUAU